AUGGCGAGCACCUCGUGGGCUUACGCUCUAUGCAUUCUCUUCGUCUCGGCCUCCGCUAAUGUUCAGAAUAAAGUGACAGAUAACCCGGCCGACCAGCUAGUAGCUGCAAUCAACAGCAACAGAACCGCAAGCAGAUCACCGUCCCUCUACAGCAACCCGGGUCUCGCUUGCAUCGCCCUCCAAUACAUCAAGGCCUACCAAGGGGACUGCAACUCGGUCGGGGGCCCAAACGCCAAAAAGCCCGCCGACUCCGAAUUCGCCGAGACAUUCGCACCCAACUGCAACGUGGAGACAUCGACCCUCACCCCAAUCACGGGCCGCCUGCUGGGGUGCCAGUCCGAGUACGCGAACCCGUCCCACGCAUUCUCGGGUAUCCUGAUGAAGAACAACCGGAGCCUGGAGAUAGUGCACAGCAGGAACCACACGGAGGUGGGAGCUGCCGUGAGCGGCUCGGACGGUGGUGGGCCCUACUUCUGGUGCGUGCUGUUUAGUGGUGGCAGGUCGAAUAGCAGUUUUGUGCUGGAGGGGCACGUGGCCAGGAUAAGCAGGCCCGGGUGUUUUAGCGGGGCCAAUGACCCGUGCCGUGGUGCGGGUCAUUCGAUGGGCUUGCCUUCGCCUGUUUGGAGGAUUUUGGGCAUGUGUUUGGUUUUAUUGAUCCUUCGGGUUUCGGAUUCGUUCGAAUUUUGA